UGUCUUAUUUCUUUGUCUGCUUCUUCUUCUUCUCUAAGUGAUUGAAUUAGAGCUUGGUAAAGGAUUUUCAAAAAGACAUUUAAUUUGAAGCUUUUUUGGAGGACCUUUUGAUCCAUUUGUUGGAGCUUGUCAUCAAAUGGCUGAGCAGCAGCAGCAGCAGCAGCAGCAGCAGCAGCAGCAAGGGCAUGUUCCGAAGUAUGGGGACUGGGAAGACGGCGAGCAAGAGCUGUACACAGCCUACUUCGAAAACGCUCGCAAAGGUAGGAACGCCGGGCGAUUGAUCAACCCCAACGAUCCUCAACAAAAACUACACCUCUCUUCCCAGUCACAACCAACACCAGCAGCAAAGCCGCAGCCGGAGAAAACUAGGAAUGCUCUAAAGGAGAAGCAUGUGGGGUGCCCAAGCAGAGAAGAAGAGGCUGGGGAAGUGGUUGGGUUCAAUGAGUCCCCUGCACGCAAGCUGUUUGAUGAAAUGCCUCAAAGAGGCAAGGGAAGGAGAAUGAGCGCUGGGUCUGACCGUAGUGUGGAGCAGUCUCCGCUUCAUCCUCAUCACCAGUAUCAGCAACAGGGUCGAAGUCCAAAGGCUGGCCCUGGCCAUGGAAUCACUCCUCACACUCCUCCAAGAACUAGGAUGAGACAGGGUGCCCUCCCAGUUCUUGAUAGGGAAGACAGUGGAUCAGCAGUCCCAAGGUUUGGUGGAUGGGAUGAGAAGGAUCCUGCAACUACUGAGAACUACACUGAAUUGUUUGGCAACAUAAGACAGGAGAGGGAAACUGGCUCUGCCAAAGCUCCCAUCACAGAUAAAAAAAAGCCAUCCCACCUCAACCAACCCCAUUACAACAAUUCGCAUUCCAAGGGCUGUUCAUGCUUUGGUUGGCUCAAAAACUGAUGAUGUCAAGGGAAUAGAAGUCAACUGUUUUGGGCAUGUAAAUAUCACUCACCAAAAGAAAAGUUGGUCACAUGAGCAACUUAGUUUCUUUCUUUCUAUCUAAGGGCCUGUUUGGGUGUAAAAUAAAAAAAAAAUGGUAUAAUUUUAUUUUGUA